CGUUAUUUAAAUAUGAAGUGGCAUGGAUGAAAAUGAUUAUUUUAUCGUGAAGUUAUUUGUUUUCGAAGAUUUAUUUGAAUUAAUUUCCGAAUGGCCGCAUUGUGUUUUGGAAAAUCUUGCUUUCUAAGAGAAGUUUUAACUCCAAUUGUUACAUCAAGAGCUUCAUUGAAAUAUUGGAAAAAACCUCCAAAUUUGAAAGAUGUAGAACUACCUGAACACAGAAAAUUACCUCUCUUGGACAAAGUUCCACCUUGGCUUGCUUAUUCUAAAGCUGUAAAAAUGUACAAAAAUUUAAUUGACAUUAGAGGACCUGAAUUAAUUCGUAACAAGUUAAUUUACAAGCAAUAUGGAAUUAUUGCACUUUCUGGAACCAAUUUAAAACAUGGUCAUUUGGAAAUGAUUCGAAAUAUCAUUAACAAAAGAAUGGAUGUAAAAAGGACAUUUGCUGUUUGGGGUAUAGAUUCACCUUGGAAGCCUAUAACAAAAAAGAGCCAAGGUAAAAGAAUGGGUGGUGGAAAAGGAUCCAUUGCCUAUUAUGUUACUCCUAUUCGUGCUGGGAGAAUCAUUGUGGAAGUGGGUGGUGCCGUUGAAUACGAAGAAGUUUAUCCGUAUUUAAAUGAGAUUGUGGAGAAAUUACCUUGUGAUGCCAUGGUAGUUAGUGAAGAGAUAAUGCAGGAGUUAGAAGAGGAAGAACAAAAAUUAGUAAAGGCAAACAUCAACCCAUUUACUUUUGAAAGUGUGAUUAAAAAUAAUUUGCAAAAUUGUCAUCAGUGGAUUAGCAAAUAUGAUAAAAUUUGGUUUGGAAAGUACAUAUAAUAUUGUAAACAAUAAAUUAAUGAAUAAAUUUAGU